AUUGUGCUGACUUGGCAGCGGCAGCAGCAUGAAAGUUGCUCAGGACAGGAAUUGGUCGGCUCUGCCAUCCGCCUACCCCGGCCAAGGGUCAGCUGGCAUCGCCUCUUCCUGGGGCCUUGGGAUUCACAGCCUGGCCCUGGGGCCACAGAGCCCCUUCCUGCCCGGGAUCUCCAUCCCUCCACCUGAGCUCCAGGCGUCUUCCACCGUCUCCUGUUGUUGUCUCAGAUCCUUGAUAUCCUUGUCUGGAGGGGUGCUUGCAGAGCGCAGGGCAGGCUGCUGCAGGGGUGUCAGCAUGGAGAAAAGCACUAUGGCUCAGUCCAAGGGCACAGUGGUCCUCGCCUACAGCGGGGGCCUCGACACCUCCUGCAUCCUGGUGUGGCUGAAGGAGCAAGGCUACGAUGUUAUCGCCUACAUGGCUAACAUUGGGCAGAAGGAAGAUUUUGAAGCAGCACAAAAGAAAGCGCUGGCACUGGGGGCCAAGAAGGUUUACAUCGAGGAUAUCAGCAGGGAGUUUGUGGAGGAGUUCAUCUGGCCGGCAGUGCAGGCCAACGCGCUCUACGAGGACCGGUACCUGCUGGGCACGGCGCUGGCCCGGCCCUGCAUCGCCCGCAGGCAGGUGGAGAUCGCCCGGCGGGAGGGAGCCCAGCACGUCGCACACGGGGCCACGGGCAAGGGCAAUGACCAGGUUCGGUUCGAGCUCACCUGCUACGCCCUGUGUCCCAAAAUCAAGGUUGUUGCACCGUGGAGGCUGCCCGAGUUUUACCAGCGCUUCCCUGGGCGCCGGGAGCUGAUGGAUUAUGCCAAGAAACAUGGGAUCCCGGUGCCUGUGACACCCCAGACACCCUGGAGCAUGGAUGAGAACCUCAUGCACAUCAGCUACGAAGCCGGGAUCCUGGAGAACCCCAAGAAUCAGGCUCCCCCCGGGCUCUACACGAAGACCCGUGAUCCGGCCACCUCUCCUGACACCCCGGAUGUGCUGGAGAUCGAGUUUGAGCGGGGUGUCCCAGUGAAGGUCACCAACAUUGGGGACGGAGCCACUCGUUCCUCGGCCCUGGAGCUCUUCGUGUACCUGAACGACAUCGCGGGCAAGCACGGGGUUGGGCGCAUCGACAUCGUGGAGAACCGCUUCGUCGGGAUGAAGUCCAGAGGUAUCUAUGAGACCCCAGCGGGAACGAUCCUAUACCACGCGCAUUUAGAUAUCGAGGCCUUCACCAUGGACCGGGAAGUGCGGAAAAUCAAGCAGGGGCUCGCCUUGAAAUUCUCCGAGCUGGUGUACAACGGGUUCUGGCACAGCCCCGAGUGCGAGUUCCUCCGGGACUGCAUUGGGCGCUCGCAGGAGCCCGUGGUGGGCACCGUCCGUCUGUCCGUCUUCAAGGGCCAGGUCUACAUCCUGGGCAGGGAGUCCCCACGGUCGCUGUACAACGAGGAGCUGGUGAGCAUGAACGUGCAAGGGGACUACGAGCCUGCCGACGCCACCGGCUUCAUCAACAUCAACUCACUGAGGCUGAAGGAAUAUCAUCGUCUCCAGAGCAAGGUCACCGUAAAGCAGGAUGAAUAGCAAUCAAUCGCACGCGAGCCUUCCUCUCCCCUUUCUAAUUUCUCUAAGAAGUAGCACUAAUUGUGGUGGCAAUUUGUAAUUGUAACUCGUCUCUCCGGAGCGGAGCCGCGGCGGAGGUGACGGCUUUGUUAUGGGGCGGCAAGUGAAAUCCAAUAAGGGAGGGGGGGGGAAAAAAAAGGGUUUGGUCCAUCGGAGGAUAAGCGGGGAAAGAAAUAAACCCCCAGCCACGGCCGGGUCCGGCACUGA